AUGGCUACAUUUGACAAAACAUUGGAAGAAGCAAGACGAUUGGCAGAAGAAGCCUUGAGAGAGGGAACAGUAAGAGCGGGAACAAGGAGUCACUCCUGGAACCGUGAAGGAAGAGUGGAAGACAAAGGUGGAGCAAGAAUCCUUGCACCGGAGACACCAGAAGUGGAAGGAAAAAACCUAGAAGAGGAUGAAGGGGAGGAAGAUGAAGGAGAAGAAGGAGAAAACAAAGAUGACGAGGAAUCAGACAGGAGGAAUGAAAGACCACCAGAGCAGGCGGCAGAGUCUAGAGGUGGACUGAAAAUACGAAUAAAUUAUCUCACCGCACGAAAGUGUGGAAAGGGUACUGAGGGCGCCAACAAAUACGUUGAGGCGGCAGGAGCUACAUCCUGA